AUGCCAAAUAGUCAAUCUAUGAUGUCAACUACAGUAUCAACAGAAGCCCGAAAUCUUAGAGAUUUAGUAAAUAAUUCAACACGUAUUGGUGGAAGCUAUGGUAGUUUAGACAAAUCAACAAUACAACCCACAUUCUAUAUUGCUCACGAGGUCGAGUCAGAUGACACGUUGCAAAGACUUUCAUUAAAGUAUAGUGUCAAUAUUCAAGAAAUUAAACGAAUCAAUAAACUAUGGUCUGACGCUGAAUUAGGUUUACUUGAAUAUAUAUAUAUUCCAGUUAGUAAGGCACAAUUAGCGGUACUUCGAACUAAAUAUUCAACAAUAAACAUUCUUCAAGACCUACCUAAAUUAAUAAACCAACGUAAAAAAUUAUCCAUGAACACUAAUACAGUUGAUGAAGAUGAAGCAACUUCAUCUAUUCAGUCAUCUGACAGCUCCACGUCUCUAUCAACAACGACUAGUACAUCCUAUCAAGAUUAUUUCUCAAAAAUUGAUCAGCAGAUACAAUUAACAAAGAAAACAUUACAAUCAAUAGAUACACGAGAGCUACAUUUCACUUCAGAAUCACACGAGAUAUCAAUUGCACAUGUUUCUGAUAAGACAACUGCUCAUCGUUUAUCUGAUAAUUUGGUACCAUCGGAUCUGGCAACACACAAUUCACGUGAAAAAUAUAUAUCUGCUGCUCUUGAACGAAUACAACGAGAAAAAGAUAAUCUUGACGAACUUUAA